GCGCGUCGUAUAAAGAUAUCGACUCCAACACUGAACUAAUCCGCUAGUUAGCAAGAGGCUCAUCAAGAGCAAAACCACCUGUCGUUCCACAAGUCCUCACAGCGCUGUCUCUCGCGGAUCAAUUACUGUCAACUCAAAGACUCACGUUACCAACUGAAAAAUAUGGGGCCAUUCAUGGGAUUCAGGCCAAUGCGCCAUAUCGACCGCAAGGAUCUGUACACAAAUCUUGAGGCCAGAAUUCAGUACCUGCACACAUUCCUAGAUUUCGGUUCAAAUGAUAUCGAAGCGCUCAUCACUGGUUCAAAAUACAUCAAGCAAUUGAUACCUGCCAUUGUAAAUAUUGUCUAUCACAAGCUUCUACAAUACGAUAUCACUGCACGUGCUUUUGAAACGCGGAGCACAAGCUAUGAGGGCCCAGUAGACCCUAGUUUGACUGAGAACAGCCCACAGAUCAUGCAUAGAAAGAUGUUCCUGCGAGCAUACCUGAACAAACUGUGUUCAGACCCUAGCACCAUGGAAUUCUGGUAUUAUCUGGACAAGGUCGGCAUGAUGCAUGUCGGCCGUGGUAGAGAACACCCAUUGCACGUGGAAUACGUUCAUAUCGGUGCCUGCCUGGGUUUCAUCCAAGAUACUCUAACAGAGGCGCUGCUCUCACACCCGCGCAUCAAGAUGGACCGCAAGAUCGCCCUGGUCAAGGCCCUCAACAAGGUGAUCUGGAUACAGAACGACCUGUUCGCCAAGUGGUACGUCCGAGACGGCGACGAGUUCCGCGACGAGAUGGAGGUGCAUCAAUACGAGAAGGAGGGAUACCUGGACGGCCAGAAGGUAUUGGACGAUAUCGACGAGGAGGGGAACAAGUCCGAGGCUUCUGGCUCGUCGAGUGGUGCGCCCAAGAGCCCGACAACGCCAAAAACGUGUCCGUUCUCGGGAAUUCCCAUACGAGCGAAGGGGGAGGCCAGUCCGCCGAAAGGUGACCAGAAAGCCCUCGAGAACGUGGAGACCCCUGCGGCAUAGCUCAUAGAUGACUGCAUGGUGUUUAGGAGUUCAGGUAGAUUCUGUGACUAACAUAGCACGUAUUAAAAGCGUUUGAAUACAUGAGCUGAGAUUGGGUGGAGAUUUGAGUGGAACAGAAUUGCUCUGGUGCCUGCUACACCGACACCGCACCCAAAUCCGCGUCCCGGGCCCUAGGUAAACUGCUGUGGAACAACCUCCUACGGGAU